AUGUUGAAAUCGGCAUUGGCGCUACUUUUCACGUUGGCUGUUACUACGGCUCCAACCACUUUGGCCUGUGAACCUGAAUGUCGCCAUGGUGUUGCUGCUGCUUUUGCCGAGCAGUAUGUUCCUGUGGUCAAAGUGGCUGUGAACGACUUGUCCAAUACAUUUGCUUCGACUCUAUUCAAUGCCAACGCAACCCUUCCAAACCAUGUGGCUGCUGUUGUCCCCGAGCAAACGCUUCGUAGCAGCUUGACAGCAAGUCUCUCCGAUACGCUCGACCUCUUUGUCGAUGAAGCUACUGGCAAGAAGCUUGAAAGCGGUAUUUUCUCAGUCAUGUUUUCCGAAGAAGAUCCUUUCAAAGGCGAUUGCAAUGCUCCUCCAAGACGCUUAACACGUAAUAUGCCACCUCCCGGUGAAAGUUGGACUCGUGAAGAAUGCGAGAAAAUGGAUUACAUCUGUGGUAAUCCUCCUUCCAUUUGCUACCAUUUGUCCCUCGUCAAGGAACGUAUCGUGAAGCGCAUUCGCUCGCAGCUUGAAGACUACGCCACCUUUGAUAAUGGUUUCCUUGUGCGUAACGUGGUGCAAACAGUCAAGCAAACAACCGAAGGUGUCUUGUCUCAUUAUGGUGCUGGUUCCAUGGUCAAGGAUCCCAGUGUCACCACCUACGUCAAUGCAUUGAUUAGCAACGCUAUCCAGUCACUCGAUGUUUGGGCUACAGUGCACGUCAAGCAAUUGUGCGACCGAGAUUCGGAUAACCAAGCAUGCAAUGGUUGGGACGAACAAAUCAUCCCCGAAAUUCUCAAGUGGCCUUAA